GGGAGUAAGAAGUGGCGCGCCGGCCUCCGUCACGCGGCGGCGGCGGCGGAUCUUGGCGGCAGGGACGGCGGCGACAUGGCUGAGGCCGCGACCGGUGUGGGCCGCUUCAAAGCGAACUAUGCUAUCGAGCGCAAGAUGGAGCCUUUCUACAAGGGCGGGAAAGCACAGCUGGACCAGCUUGGCCAGCACCUCUUUUGCGUCUGUGGUACCAGAGUCAACAUCCUGGACGUGGCCUCAGGGACUGUGCUACAGAGCCUGGAGCAGGAGGACCAAGAAGACAUCACUGCCUUCGAUCUCAGCCCGGAUGAUGAGGUGCUGGUGACGGCCAGCCGGGCAUUGCUGCUGGCCCAGUGGGCCUGGCGAGAGGGCAGCAUCACCCGCCUAUGGAAGGCAGUACAUACUGCUCCUGUGGCCACCAUGGCCUUUGAUCCCACCUCCACACUGCUGGCCACAGGUGGCUGCGAUGGGUCUGUGCGUGUCUGGGACGUCGUGCGGCACUAUGGGACACACCACCUUCGGGGCUCUCCUGGCGUCGUGCAUUUGGUGGCCUUCCACCCGGACCCCUCUCGCCUGCUGCUCUUCUCCUCAGCCGCAGAUGCCGCCAUCCGCGUGUGGUCGCUGCAGGACCGCUCGUGCCUGGCUGUGCUAACUGCCCACUACAGUGCUAUCACCUCACUGGCCUUCAGUGCCGAUGGCCACACCAUGCUCAGCUCUGGCCGUGACAAGAUCUGCAUUCUCUGGGACCUUCAGAGCUGCCAGGCCACAAGGACUGUGCCAGUGUUUGAGAGUGUGGAGGCUGCUGUGCUGUUGCCUGAGGAACCAGCACCUGCACUGGGUGUGAAGAAUUCAGGCCUGCAUUUCCUGACUGCUGGUGACCAAGGCACACUGCGUGUGUGGGAGGCAGCUUCUGGGCAGUGUGUAUACACCCAACCACAGCUGCCAGGCCCUGGGCAGGAACUGACCCACUGUGCCCUGGCCCACACCGCUGGCCUGCUCCUCAGUGUCACUGCUGACCACAACCUACUACUCUAUGAGGCACAGUCCCUGCAGCUGCAGAAGCAAUUUGCUGGCUACAGCGAAGAGGUAUUAGACGUUCGGUUCCUUGGGCCCAAGGACUCCCACAUUGUUGUGGCCUCCAAUAGCCCCUGCCUAAAAGUAUUUGAGCUGCAAACAUCGGCCUGCCAGAUCCUCUAUGGCCACACAGACAUCGUCCUGGCCCUGGAUGUUUUCCGGAAGGGGUGGCUCUUUGCCAGCUGUGCCAAGGAUCAGAGUGUCCGCAUCUGGAGGAUGAACAAAGCUGGCCAGGUGGUCUGUGUGGCCCACGGCUCCGGGCACACACACAGUGUGGGUACCAUCUGCUGCUCUAGGCUGAAGGAGUCUUUCCUAGUGACAGGCAGCCAGGACUGUACUGUGAAGUUGUGGCCUCUCCCAGAAGUCCUGCUGUCCAAGAGCACGGCACCAGAUAGUGGCCCCGUCCUCCUGCAGGCCCAGGCCACCCAGCGCUGCCAUGACAAGGACAUCAACAGUGUGGCUGUUGCCCCCAACGACAAGCUGCUGGCCACAGGCUCACAGGACCGCACAGCGAAGCUGUGGGCUCUGCCACAGUGCCAGCUACUGGGUGUUUUCUCCGGCCACCGGCGUGGGCUCUGGUGUGUCCAGUUCUCACCUAUGGACCAGGUGCUGGCCACAGCCUCAGCUGAUGGCACCAUCAAGCUCUGGGCACUGCAGGAUUUUAGCUGUCUCAAGACAUUCGAGGGGCAUGACGCUUCAGUACUGAAGGUGGCCUUUGUGAGCCGUGGCACACAGCUGCUAUCUAGUGGCUCUGACGGGCUGGUGAAGCUCUGGACCAUCAAGAGUAACGAGUGUGUGCGGACACUGGACGCCCAUGAGGACAAGGUCUGGGGGCUGCACUGUAGCCGGCUGGAUGACCGCGCCCUCACUGGGGCCAGCGACUCCCGUGUCAUUCUCUGGAAGGAUGUGACUGAGGCAGAACAGGCAGAGGAGCAGGCCAAGCGGGAGGAGCACGUGGUUAAGCAGCAAGAGCUGGACAACCUGCUCCAUGAGAAGAGGUACCUGCGGGCCCUGGGCUUGGCCAUCUCCCUGGAUCGGCCCCACACUGUGCUAACUGUUAUCCAGGCCAUCCGGAGGGACCCUGAGGCUUGUGAGAAGUUGGAAGCCACCAUGCUGAGAUUGAGGCGAGACCAGAAAGAGGCUCUGCUGCGCUUCUGUGUCACAUGGAACACCAACUCCCGGCAUUGCCAUGAAGCCCAGGCAGUGCUGAGUGUGCUACUGCAACACGAACCCCCUGAAGAGCUGCUGGCCUACCAGGGCGUGCGUGCUGCCCUGGAGGCCCUGCUGCCCUAUACUGAGCGGCACUUUCAGAGGCUUAGCCGGACGCUGCAGGCAGCCACCUUCUUGGACUUCUUGUGGCACAACAUGAAGCUGUCCCCUCUCUCUGCUACGCCCCCAGCCCUCUGAGACACAUAAAGACGUACUUUUCUAUCCUG